AUGGGGGGAGGCGAAUGCGCCCUGGGAGACGCCGCUAGAGGCGAGGAAACCCUAAACUACGACGGCGAUGACGUCGAGAUGGCCGAUGCGGACUCGGACACGGAGGAAACCCUAGCAGCUGAGGUCUCCGCUGCAACUGGAGGAGCCGCCGGUGGUGGCGGGCACGCGGAGAAGGACGGAACGGAGGGAAAGAAGAGGAAGAAGAGGAACAAAGGGAAGAAGAACAAGGGGAGGCAGGAUAGGACUCCCACCACCAUUGCUGACAUUAAUCGAUUUGUCCUUGAUACUUGCAAGUGCUUGAAGGAGAAGAAGUCAUACCUUGUCUGGAAUGCUGUUGGCUGCCUUGGUGUCACUGCUGUCACUGAUCUUGUUAGAGAGGUAUGCAAUGCUUAUGUUGAACAACGCUGCACUACUGCUGAAAGUGGAGGCUAUUCAGAAGUUUGUGGUGGGCAGACUAUUGCUGACGGAAGCCGUUUCCGCACUGGCGGUGGAAUUCUCUGGAACAUCUUAAAGUCACGGGAACCCAAGGCUUACAAGGAAAUAAUGGCAAAGGGGAAGGAACUUGAGAAGCAGUUUAGGUAUACAAAACGACCACAGAUUAGCAGAAACGAAGAUGCAAGUUCACAGGGCAGUGCAUUAAUCGAUGAUGAAAUUGAAGCGCAAGAGCAAAAGGAAAUGUUGGAUGAUCCUGAGCAGUUAGAUGAUGUGGAGGAGCCACCCGCAUCAGACAAUAAAGUUCAACGCAAACCACUGGCGGACAGAAUUCGUUCUCCUGUUGCUUAUGACGAUCUGUUUGAAGAGGGAGAGAUACACGAAGGAGAACCACAAAGUUGA